CGGCGGGAGGUGGCUUUGUUUUUCCUCCCUUGCGCCCCGGCGCGGUCAUUCAUUUGACAUUUCGGUUUCCGCUGCCCAGAAACGCGGGCGAGAGACACCAGGAUGUGUUUGAUGGUUUGGUUCUCCCGGGAAACUGGGACUUUGGGGUCUAUUUGAGCAUCAGUUGAGGGAGAGGACGCUUCAUUUCCUUUUUGGUUGGGAAUGUGCGGUGAACAUCCUCUGCUGGAGCUUGGGGCCUGGAGGAAACUGGGGCUGCAGAUUUAGACGUAGACGUUUCCGAGGACGCGCGACUGCAGAGCUUUGUAGGCAGCCAACCCCAGAGAGGCAGACGGGAUGGCUAGUUCAGCCCGGGAGCACCUACUUUUUGUGCGGCGUCGAAAUCCCCAGAUGCGGUACACGCUGAGCCCAGAGAACCUCCAGAGCCUCGCCGCCCAGAGCUCCAUGCCAGAGAACAUGACCCUGCAGCGGGCCAACAGCGACACCGACCUGGUGACUUCUGAGAGCCGCUCCAGCUUAACUGCCAGCAUGUACGAGUACACGCUGGGGCAAGCCCAGAACCUCAUUAUCUUCUGGGACAUUAAAGAGGAGGUGGACCCCAGUGAUUGGAUUGGACUUUAUCAUAUAGAUGAGAAUUCUCCAGCCAACUUCUGGGAUUCUAAAAACAGGGGUGUGACUGGAACCCAAAAAGGGCAAAUUGUAUGGAGAAUUGAGCCUGGGCCCUAUUUCAUGGAACCGGAGAUUAAAAUCUGUUUUAAAUAUUACCACGGCAUUAGUGGGGCCCUGCGAGCCACGACCCCCUGCAUCACCGUGAAGAACCCGGCUGUAAUGAUGGGGGCAGAAGGCAUGGAGGGAGGUGCUUCAGGAAACCUGCAUUCUCGAAAACUCGUUAGCUUUACAUUGUCAGAUCUUAGGGCAGUUGGGCUAAAGAAAGGGAUGUUCUUCAAUCCUGACCCUUAUCUUAAGAUGUCAAUUCAGCCAGGAAAGAAGAGCAGUUUCCCCACCUGUGCCCACCAUGGGCAGGAGAGACGGUCUACUAUCAUCAGUAACACCACCAAUCCAAUUUGGCACCGAGAGAAAUAUUCCUUUUUUGCACUUCUUACUGAUGUCUUAGAAAUUGAAAUUAAAGACAAAUUUGCCAAGAGCCGUCCCAUCAUCAAGCGUUUUCUGGGGAAACUAACCAUUCCAGUCCAGAGGCUGCUGGAGCGACAGGCUAUCGGUGAUCAGAUGCUCAGCUACAACCUUGGCAGAAGGCUUCCAGCUGACCACGUGAGUGGGUACCUCCAGUUUAAAGUGGAGGUUACAUCUUCUGUUCAUGAAGAUGCCUCUCCAGAAGCUGUUGGCACAAUACUUGGAGUCAAUUCUGUGAAUGGAGACUUAGGUAGCCCUUCCGAUGACGAGGACAUGCCAGGGAGCCAUCACGACAGCCAGUUGUGCUCUAAUGGGCCAGUUUCUGAGGACAGCGCUGCCGAUGGGGCGCCCAAACAUUCAUUUAGGACUAGCUCCACGCUGGAAAUAGACACCGAGGAAUUAACUUCCACUUCUUCAAGGACCUCACCUCCCAGAGGACGUCAGGAUUCACUCAAUGAUUACUUAGAUGCUAUCGAACACAACGGCCACUCCAGGCCAGGGACAGCGACCUGCUCUGAGAGGUCCAUGGGCGCCUCUCCGAAACUGAGGAGUAGUUUUCCCACCGACACAAGACUCAAUGCCAUGCUUCAUAUUGACUCAGAUGAAGAAGAUCACGAGUUCCAGCAAGACCUGGGUUACCCAUCUUCCUUAGAGGAGGAGGGAGGCCUGAUCAUGUUUAGCAGGGCAUCCAGAGCUGAUGAUGGAAGCCUGACAUCUCAGACAAAACUGGAGGACAACCCUGUUGAGAAUGAGGAAGCCUCCACACACGAAGCCGCUUCCUUGGAGGAUAAGCCAGAAAAUCUUCCAGAGCUUGCAGAAAGCUCCUUACCUGCAGGCCGAGCCCCAGAGGAAGGUGAAGGCGGCCCAGAGUCUCAACCCAGUGCUGACCAGGCCAGUGCUGAACUGUGUGGCUCUCAAGAGGUAGAUCAGCCCACAAGUGGGGCAGACACGGGGACUUCUGAUGCAUCAGGAGGAAGCCGAAGAGCUGUCAGUGAGACCGAGUCUCUCGAUCAGGGCUCCGAGCCUUCCCAGGUGUCCUCUGAAACAGAACCCAGUGAUCCUGCCAGGACAGAGAGUGUGAGCGAAGCCAGCACCAGGCCCGAGGGAGAGAGUGACCUGGAAUGCGCUGACAGCUCUUGCAAUGAGAGUGUGACCACGCAGCUGUCCUCUGUGGAGACGCGGUGCUCCUCUCUUGAGAGUGCACGGUUUCCUGAAACCCCAGCCUUCUCUUCUCAGGAGGAGGAAGACGGAGCCUGUGCAGCAGAGCCCACCAGCAGCGGCCCUGCCGAAGGGUCGCAGGAUUCCGUGUGCACUGCUGGUUCUUUACCUGUGGUACAGGUGCCCAGUGGGGAGGAGGAAGGGCCAGGGGCAGAAUCGGCCACUGUACCUGACCAGGAGGAGCUGGGGGAGGUCUGGCAGCGGAGGGGGAGCCUGGAGGGAGCUGCAGCUGCUGCCGAGAGCCCUCCGCAAGAAGAGGGCAGUGCUGGGGAGGCCCAAGGCACCUGUGAAGGGGCAACUGCCCAGGAGGAGGGCGCUACUGGAGGUUCUCAAGCCAACGGCCACCAGCCACUGCGAUCACUACCUUCAGUGCGCCAGGAUGUUAGCCGGUACCAGAGGGUGGACGAGGCUCUUCCACCAAACUGGGAGGCACGCAUUGACAGCCACGGCAGGAUCUUCUACGUGGAUCACGUAAACAGAACCACAACGUGGCAGCGACCGACAGCUCCCCCAGCCCCGCAGGUGCUGCAGAGAUCUAACUCCAUACAGCAAAUGGAGCAGCUGAACCGGCGAUAUCAGAGCAUCCGCAGAACCAUGACCAAUGAGAGGCCUGAGGAAAAUACCAAUGCUAUCGAUGGGGCAGGGGAGGAAACUGACUUUCACCAAGCCAGUGCAGAUUUCCGACGGGAGAACAUCCUGCCUCACUCUACCUCCAGAUCCAGGCUCACGUUGCUGUUACAGUCUCCCCCCGUGAAGUUCCUCAUCAGCCCAGAGUUCUUCACCGUGCUGCAUUCUAACCCUAGUGCCUACCGCAUGUUUACAAACAACACGUGUUUGAAGCACAUGAUCACCAAAGUCCGGCGGGACACCCACCACUUUGAACGCUACCAGCAUAACCGGGACCUUGUGGGAUUCCUCAACAUGUUUGCCAACAAACAGCUAGAGCUGCCGCGGGGAUGGGAAAUGAAACAUGAUCACCAGGGCAAGGCGUUCUUUGUGGACCACAACUCCCGUACCACCACUUUCAUUGAUCCCCGGCUCCCACUUCAGAGCAGUAGACCUACAAGUGCACUGGUUCAUCGGCAACACCUGACAAGGCAACGCAGCCACAGUGCGGGUGAGGUAGGAGAAGAUUCUCGACAUGCAGGACCACCAGUUCUUCCCAGGCCAUCCAGUACAUUCAAUACAGUCAGUAGGCCACAGUACCAGGACACGGUUCCAGUGGCUUACAAUGACAAGAUUGUUGCAUUUCUACGUCAACCCAAUAUCUUUGAAAUUCUACAGGAGCGUCAACCUGAUCUUACCAGGAAUCACUCACUCAGGGAGAAGAUCCAAUUUAUCCGAACUGAAGGGACUCCAGGAUUGGUGCGCCUUUCAAGCGAUGCAGACCUCGUUAUGUUGCUGAGCUUAUUUGAAGAAGAGAUAAUGUCAUAUGUGCCUCCACAUGCCUUACUCUACCCCAGCUACUGUCAGUCCCCACGUGGCUCUCCCGUGUCAUCUCCUCAGAACUCACCAGGUACCCAGCGUGCCAAUGCCCGGGCUCCAGCCCCUUACAAGCGGGAUUUCGAAGCCAAACUGAGGAACUUUUACAGGAAGUUAGAGACUAAAGGAUAUGGACAAGGCCCAGGGAAGUUAAAGUUAAUUAUCCGAAGAGAUCACUUACUAGAAGAUGCUUUUAAUCAGAUUAUGGGCUACUCCAGAAAAGACCUGCAGAGAAAUAAGCUAUAUGUCACCUUCGUCGGGGAGGAAGGGCUGGAUUACAGUGGGCCUUCCAGAGAGUUUUUCUUCCUGGUAUCCAGAGAACUCUUUAACCCAUAUUAUGGCUUAUUUGAAUAUUCAGCCAAUGACACAUACACAGUACAAAUAAGUCCUAUGUCUGCUUUUGUAGACAAUCACCAUGAAUGGUUCCGAUUCAGUGGUAGGAUCCUUGGUCUUGCACUAAUACACCAGUAUUUGUUGGAUGCCUUCUUCACACGGCCCUUUUAUAAGGCUCUUCUCAGAAUUCUAUGUGACCUGAGUGAUCUAGAAUACCUUGAUGAAGAGUUCCAUCAGAGCCUGCAGUGGAUGAAAGACAAUGAUAUCCAUGACAUCCUAGACCUCACGUUCACUGUGAACGAAGAAGUAUUUGGGCAGAUAACUGAACGAGAAUUAAAGCCUGGGGGUGCCAAUAUCCCAGUUACAGAGAAGAACAAGAAGGAGUACAUCGAGAGGAUGGUGAAGUGGAGGAUUGAGAGGGGUGUUGUACAACAAACAGAGAGUUUAGUGCGUGGCUUCUAUGAGGUGGUGGAUGCCAGGCUGGUAUCUGUAUUUGAUGCAAGAGAACUGGAAUUGGUCAUCGCAGGCACAGCUGAAAUAGACCUAAGUGAUUGGAGAAACAACACAGAAUAUAGAGGAGGAUACCAUGACAAUCAUAUUGUAAUUCGGUGGUUCUGGGCUGCUGUGGAGAGAUUCAACAAUGAACAACGACUAAGGUUGUUACAGUUUGUUACGGGCACAUCCAGCAUUCCCUACGAAGGAUUUGCUUCUCUCCGAGGGAGUAACGGCCCAAGAAGAUUCUGUGUGGAGAAAUGGGGGAAAAUCACUGCUCUUCCCAGAGCGCACACAUGUUUUAACCGUCUGGAUCUGCCCCCCUACCCAUCCUUUUCCAUGCUUUAUGAGAAACUGUUGACAGCAGUUGAAGAAACCAGUACUUUUGGACUUGAGUGACCUGGAAGCAGAAUGCCCAUCUCUGUGGACAGGCAGUUUGAGAAGCUGCCUUCUAGAAGAAUGACUGAACAUUGGAAGUUUCAAGAGGAUGGUUCCUUUAGGAUAAUGCUACGUGCUGUUAUUUUCCAGGAACAAGUGUUCUGUCACAUUUGGGGACUGGAGAUGAGUCCUCUUGGAAGGAUUUGGGUGAGCUUGAUGCCCAGGGAACAACCCAACCGUCUUUCAAUCAACAGUUCUUGACUGCCAAACUUUUUCCAUUUGUUAUGUUCCAAGACAAAGAUGAACCCAUACAUGAUCAGCUCCAUGGUAAUUUUUAGGGACUCAGGAGAAUCUUGAAACUUACCCUUGAACGUGGUUCAAGCCAAACUGGCAGCACUUGGCCCAAUCUUCAAAUUAGUGCAAGUUAAAUAAUAUAAUAAAAGUAAAUAUAUUUCCUGAAAGUACAUUCAUUUAAGCCCUAAGUUAUAACAGAAUAUUCAUUUCUCACUUAUGAGUGCCUGCAUGGUGUGCACCAUAGGUUUCCGCUUUCAUGGGACAUGAGUGAAAAUGAAACCAAGUUAAUAUGAGGUACCUUUACAGAUCUGCAAUAAGAUGGUCUGUGACAAUGUAUAUGCAAGUGGUAUGUGUGUAAUUAUGGCUAAAGACAAACCAUUAUUCAGUGAAUUACUAAUGACAGAUUUUAUGCUUUAUAAUGCAUGAAAACAAUUUUAAAAUAACUAGCAAUUAAUCACAGCAUAUCAGGAAAAAGUACACAGUGAGUUCUGUUUAUUUUUUGUAGGUUCAUUAUGUUUCUGUUCUUUAAGAUGUAUAUAAGAACCUACCUAUCAUACUGUAUGUAUCACUCGUUCCAUUUUCAUGUUCCAUGCAUACUCGGGCAUCAUGCUAAUAUGUAUCCUUUUAAGCACUCUCAAGGAAACAAAAGGGCCUUUUAUUUUUAUAAAGGUAAAAAAAAAUCCCCCAAAUAUUUUGCACUGAAUGUACCAAAGGUGAAGGGACAUUACAAUAUGACUAACAGCAACUCCAUCACUUGAGAAGUAUAAUAGAAAAUAGCUUCCAAUCAAACUUCCUUCACAGUGCCGUGUCUACCACUACAAGGACUGUGCAUCUAAGUAAUAAUUUUUUAAGAUUCACUAUAUGUGAUAGUAUGAUAUGCAUUUAUUUAAAAUGCAUUAGACUCUCUUCCAUCCAUCAAAUACUUUACAGGAUGGCAUUUAAUACAGAUAUUUCGUAUUUCCCCCACUGCUUUUUAUUUGUACAGCAUCAUUAAACACUAAGCUCAGUUAAGGAGCCAUCAGCAACACUGAAGAGAUCAGUAAUAAGAAUUCCAUUUUCCCUCAUCAGUGAAGACAUCACAAAUUGAAACUCAGAACUAUAUUUCUAAGCCUGCAUUUUCACUGAUGCAUAAUUUUCUUAUUAAUAUUAAGAAACAGUUUUUCUAUGGCAUCUCCAAAACUGCAUGACAUCACUAGUCUUACUUCUGCUUAAUUUUAUGAGAAGGUAUUCUUCAUUUUAAUUGCUUUUGGGAUUACUCCACAUCUUUGUUUAUUUCUUGACUAAUCAGAUUUUCAACAGAGUGAAAUUAAAUUGGGGGUCAUAAAAGCAUUGGAUUAACAUAUGGUUUGCCAGCCUAUGGGUUUAUAGGCAUUGCCCAAACAUUUCUUUGAGAUCUAUAUUUAUAAGCAGCCAUGGAAUUCCUAUUAUGGGAUGUUGGCAAUCUUAUAUUUUAUAGAGGUCAUAUGCAUAGUUUUCAUAGGUGUUUUGUAAGAACUGAUUGCUCUCCUGUGAGUUAAGCUAUGUUUACUAUUGGGACCCUCAAGAGGAAUAGCACUUACGUUACACUCCUACACCAAAGGCAUGCACUGCAGUGUGAAGAAAUGUUCUGAAAAAGGGUUAUAGAAACCUGGAAAUAAGAAAGGAAGAGCUCUCUGUAUACUAUAAUUGGAAGAGAAAAAAAGAAAAAAAUUUUAACUGGAAAUGUUAGUUUGUACUUAUUGAUCAUGAAUACAAGUAUAUAUUUAAUUUUGCAAACUGUUUUCACUUGUUUGUAUUCUUUUCAUGAUAAGGAAAAGUAGUAUAACACACUUUUUUUUAAGGUCACAUCUUUGAUGGUAUAUAAGAUGUUUCAGGGCUGGCAUUCUCUAAGCAGCAGAUAAAGGUUGCAUUUCUUUCAAAAACACAUUCAAAGACCAUGUUAGCAUUCAGUUUGGUUUGAGACAUUUAGUUAUGUUAUUUCAUAUUAUUAGGUAAAAGAGAUUUGAAAUAAAAUGUAUCUCCUUAAUUAUUUCUAACAAAUCUAUUUCUUUAUUAAGGCAUCCAAAUUUUCCCAAAUAACAGUACACUUUAAUGUAUGUAGACAUUCUUAAUUAGUAUAAUCAUCUAGCCGAUACUGUUCUCAGAUUGGGAAUUAUCAAAGAUGUACUUAGCAUAUCAGAACACCAUGCUAACUUAUCUAUUAUUCUUUCUUAGUAAAACAAAACAGCCAGUAAUAACUAUAUAAAAUAUUAAAUAACAUUUCCACAGAAUAACUUAGACUUUCAUAUACUCUACAAUUAGAAAUAUCCAUAAAUAUUUUCUUCUGGACUGUGAGCUCAGAUCACUAGGCUUUCUGGUCUUGUUUUAAGUGAUGCUUUUUAUACUAUAGAAGACACUCUUAAUACAUCAUAUAUGUAUGCAGAACGUCUCUUAGAUGAGGGAACAAGCACAUCACUGGCAUUCCCUCUGUGCCAGUUUGAUGUUUGCUUGACGAUGGAGCUACAAGAGUCUAAAUCUGCCCUUGAAAAGCUCAGUUCACAGUGUAGUAGGGUAGACCCCAAAGUUCAAAAAAGUGUUUUUAAUAAAAUUUGGUAAGUUCUACAAUCAAGGAAUGAAGAGAGAAGAUAACAGCUUUUUCCACCUGGGAGAUUCAAUAAUGGCUUCAUAUAUAGAUGAUAGUGUGGCUAAAAAGCAAUUAUAUCAAUGCUGUUUCUAUUGGGAAGUAAUGGCAAGUAAUAGUGUGUCAAUACCGGUCAAGUGUUGAAGCCAGGAUGCACUUACACAACGAGAGUGUAAAGUGUGUAGGGAGCUGAUCUGUGAAGGAGCAACUCAAGGAUUUUCAAAUUAUCAACGAAAUGCCAAAAUUAAGUCAGGUAGUUUCCCUGUUUCCCUUCAUCUAUUCUACAAUGUACCAUUGAUUUUCAGUGUGAAAAAUCCCAAUCCCUGAGCCCAAACCACUUCUGGGGUCAAAACAUUUUUCUUGUGCACAAAAUGAAUGGAUCUUGGUCAAAGAAGUAUGAUCCCAAUUUUCUAGCAUAUAUUGUGUUUAUAAUUUAGCAGAAAUUCUGCAAUAAAUAAAGGAAAAUCUGUUUUA